AUGAGGAUGACCUUGGGCUGGGCCUACCUGGCCUUCCUGCUGUCCCUGCUGCUACAACCAGACCACGCCUAUGAACGAGAUAAAGAUAUUUAUGAAGUAUGUGGACGUCCCAAGCUCAGAGCCCGGGAUUUUGCUAUUGAACCGCGGCGUGGGCGUUGGCCAUGGCAAGCUAGCCUUCGAUAUAAAGGCAAGCACUGGUGUGGUGCCUCCCUCAUCCAGCCAGAGUGGAUAAUAACAGCAGCCAGUUGCUUCCGAUUGUCCAAUAAAACAUGGGAUUACAGCGUGAUGAUUGGUUCCAUCUAUGCCUACCCAACCACCCGCUUCAUGGCCACAUUUCUACAGAGCCAAGAAUAUUUCCCCAGGUUUAUUUCCCAGACCCUCACAGAAUUGCAACAGAAUCUCAAAGCAUCAUCCCCAUCCCAGGAAACCCAUCAGGAACUUCUGAGAAGAAAGUCAGUUCAGUUCAAACUGGUGUUUUGCAAACUGGAAGGCAACAUGGAAGAAGAUAGGAAUCCCAGCAUAAAGAGGAGGCCAGGAGGCCGAGUGGGCACCACAGGAGUAGCUGUGCAGAGGCCAGGAGCUCUACAAGGUUCCCUGGCACUUCGGGAGGGAAGAGUGAAAAUCACUGACUUAGACAGGUGUGAAAACGUUCCAGGCUCCUCGGGGCGUCCCAUUAACUCUGAAAGCUACCAGAAUGAUGUGCUUUGUGUGCUCAUGCCUUAUUAUCCAGCUGAAAGAUGUAUGGGUGACCGAGGUGGCCCCCUCAUAUGUCGGAUUCAGGAUAUCUAUUACCAGUUUGGGAUCAUGAACUGGGACUAUGGUUGUAUGCCAGGAAUCAAGACCAGAACUUUCACCAGUGUUGCCCUCUACAGUGCCUGGGUUGAGAAAGUGGUCAACAGCAGCAGCACCCUGAGUCCAUUCAAGUUCAUCCUCUUUGUCUGGCUCCUACCUCGGGCUAUUCUAGAGUCCUUCUGA